UUGUUACCCACUUACCCCACACCACACAUAUAUGAUAUAUCCAUUCACCUUCCAUGAUUUUGUGCAAUUGUCACAUUACAUAUAAUUUCUUGGAUCAUAAUAACCUACUGAACCUCUUUUUGCUCUUUUCUUCGUAGCUAGAUUCAUUGAAUAUAUGGCAAUUGAAACUAAACCAUGGUUGGUUCUUUCUCUUCUUCUAUUGGCUGCAAAUUGUGUUGAUGGAGAAUCGCAAUUGCCUUGCGUUUUUAUAUUUGGGGACUCUCUAUCUGAUAGUGGAAACAACAACAAUCUUCCAACAUUUGCAAAAUCCAAUUACUUGCCAUAUGGCAUCGACUUCCCAAAUGGCCCAACCGGAAGAUUUACUAAUGGACGAACCUCAAUUGACUUUGCAACUGAACUUCUGGGAUUUGAGAAAUUCAUCCCACCCUUUGCAAACACGCGUGGCUUCGACAUUCAAAAGGGUGUCAACUAUGCAUCCGGAUCAGCUGGGAUUCGCCCCGAGACAGGCACACAUAUGGGUGCUGAUAUCUACUUGGGAGCACAGGUGAAAAAUCACGAAGUCAUAUAUUCCAAAAUUGCUGAGAAGCUUGGAGGUUCUGAGAAAGCAAAACUGUAUCUUAGCAAGUGCUUGUAUUACAUGAAUAUAGGAAGCAAUGAUUUCAUAAAUAAUUACUUCCUUCCCAACUUUUACCCAACAAGUCGCAUUUAUACCCCUCUCCAAUACGUGCAUCUUCUUAUUGACCAAUACGCUGGACAUAUACAGGAUCUGCGAGAAGUUGGGGCAAGAAAAUUCGUGAUUGUUGGGUUAAGUCUUAUAGGAUGCACUCCAAGUGCCUUGUCUAGGUAUAAGACACAUGGAUCUUGUGUUAAAGAGUUGAAUGAUGCUUCCAUCUUGUUCAAUAACAAACUUAAAUCUCUGGUGGAUCGAUUCAAUAUCAACUUCUUUGCUCAUUCCAUAUUCAUCUUUAUAAACAACACAGUUGUAAACCCUGGCACCUUACCGGGUUUGGACGUUUUGGAUGCUCCUUGCUGCCUAUCGGGGGAGAAUGGGCAGUGCAUUCCUGAUAAAAUACCAUGCAAAAAUGUGGAUGCACACCUGUUUUGGGAUCAAUUCCAUACCACACAAGCUGUAAAUCAAUUCACUGCAAAAAGUUUAUAUAAUGAUAUCAAGCUGCUGAUUGUUCAUCAUGGUUGAUGAUUCAGUUAGCUUAUUAUCAUUUUAUCACUUCAAGACCAAAUACUAAAUAAAAAUCAU